AUGGCGGAUCAGGCGACGGACGAUAGCAAGUUCCUAUUCUUGCAGAACGACUUCCGAAACAGCGGUGUGGCGCAGGCCGACUGGGCAGCCAAAAAGAUGGUGUGGGUGCCGUCAGAGAAGGAAGGCUUCGAGGCCGCCAGCAUCAAGGAGGAGAAGGGCGACGAGGUGCUGGUGGAGUUGUCCAACGGCCGUAAGGCGACGGUCAACAAGGACGACAUCCAAAAGAUGAACCCGCCUAAGUUCAGCAAAGUGGAGGACAUGGCCGCCCUCACCUUCCUCAACGAGGCCUCCGUCCUGCAGAACCUGAGAGAGAGAUACUUCUCCAGCCUCAUCUAUACAUACUCGGGCCUUUUCUGUGUGGUGGUGAACCCGUACAAGAUGUUGCCCAUCUACUCGGAGAAGAUCAUAGAGAUGUACAAGGGCAAAAAGCGGCACGAGGUGCCACCUCACAUCUACUCUAUCACCGACAAUGCCUACAGGAACAUGAUGCAAGACCGCGAGGAUCAGUCCAUUCUCUGCACCGGAGAAUCCGGAGCGGGCAAGACAGAAAACACCAAGAAGGUGAUCCAGUACCUGGCCCUGGUCGCGUCAUCGCACAAAGGCAAAAAGGAAGCAAACCCUCCGGCGCAACAGCAGACACAGCAACAACAAGCCGGAUCGUUGGCCUACGGGGAGCUGGAGAAGCAGCUGCUGCAGGCGAACCCCAUUCUGGAGGCAUUCGGCAACGCCAAGACCAUCAAGAACGACAACUCGUCACGAUUUGGAAAGUUCAUCAAGCUCAACUUCGAUGUCACCGGAUACCUAGUCGGCGCAAACAUUGACACGUACCUUCUGGAAAAAUCUCGCUGUAUUCGUCAGGCUAACACCGAACGAGCUUUCCAUAUCUUCUACUACAUGGUGGCCGGAGCUAAAGACAAAAUGAAAGAGGAGCUUCUUCUGGAGGACUUUAGCAGCUAUCGUUUCCUGAUGGCGGGACACGUGGAGGUUUCCGGGGUCGAGGAUGAUGAGCUGUUUGUGGAGACCCUGGAAGCUAUGGAGAUUAUGGGCUUCUCUGAGGAAGAGAGAAUAGGGAUGUUAAAGGUAGUCUCCACGGUUCUCCAACUGGGAAACAUCAAGUUUGAGAAGGAACGAAACACCGAGCAAGCCACCAUGCCGGAUAACACAGCUGCCCAGAAAGUGUGCCACCUGCAGGGUAUCAACGUGACUGACUUCACCAGGGCCUUCCUGACACCUAGGAUCAAAGUGGGCCGGGAAGUGGUUCAGAAGGCUCAGACCAAGCAGCAGGCGGACUUUGCGGUUGAGGCUUUGGCCAAAGCCAUGUACGAGCGUCUCUUCCGCUGGAUCCUGGCCCGUGUAAACAAGACUCUCGAUAAGAGCAAGAGGCAGUCUUCGUCCUUCCUUGGGAUCUUGGACAUCGCUGGAUUUGAGAUUUUCGAGGACAACUCAUUCGAGCAGCUGUGCAUUAACUACACCAACGAGCGUCUGCAGCAGCUCUUCAACCACACCAUGUUCAUCCUGGAGCAGGAGGAGUACAAGCGUGAGGGCAUCGAGUGGAACUUCAUCGACUUCGGCUUGGACCUACAGCCCUGCAUCGAGCUCAUCGAGAGAGGGAACAAUCCACCGGGCAUCCUGGCACUGUUGGAUGAAGAGUGCUGGUUCCCCAAAGCCACAGAUAAUUCCUUUGUGGAGAAACUGUUAAGCACGCAUGCCAGUCACGUCAAAUUCUCCAAACCCAAACAGCACAAAGAGAAGCUGAUGUUCACCGUUGCACACUAUGCCGGAAAGGUGGACUACAAUGCCACCAGCUGGCUGACCAAGAACAUGGACCCUCUGAAUGAUAAUGUGACCUCCCUACUUAGCAACUCAUCCAGCAACUUCAUCCAAGACUUGUGGAAAGACGUGGAUCGAGUGGUGGGCCUGGAGACCAUGACCAAGAUGUCUGAAAGCUCCAUGCCCACCUCCACCAAGUCCAAGAAGGGGAUGUUUCGUACCGUGGGCCAGCUGUAUAAGGAAUCCCUGGGGAAGCUGAUGACAACAUUGCACAAUACACAACCUAACUUUGUGCGCUGCAUCAUCCCCAACCAUGAGAAGAGGGCGGGUAAAAUGGACGCCAACCUGGUUCUUGAGCAGUUAAGGUGCAAUGGUGUAUUGGAGGGUAUCCGGAUCUGCAGGCAGGGAUUCCCAAACCGUAUUGUAUUUCAGGAGUUCAGGCAGAGGUACGAGAUCCUGGCCGCCAAUGCCAUUCCCAAGGGCUUCAUGGACGGGAAGCAGGCGUGCUGCUUGAUGGUGAAACAUUUGGACCUGGAUCCCAACCUUUAUCGCAUUGGACAGAGUAAGAUGUUCUUCAGGACUGGUGUGUUGGCUCAACUGGAGGAAGAGAGAGACCUCAAGCUCACUGUGAUCAUCAUUUCCUUUCAGGCGCAGGGUCGAGGCUUCCUGGCACGCAAGGCCUUUAGCAAACGCCAGCAACAGCUUAGUGCCAUGAAAGUGAUCCAGAGGAACUGCGCUUGUUACCUCAAACUCAAGAAUUGGCAGUGGUGGAGGCUCUUCACCAAGGUGAAACCCCUGCUGCAGGUGACCCGCCAAGAGGAGGAAAUGGGUCAGAAGGAUGAGGAACUCAAGGCAGCCAAGGAAGUGGCAGCCAAGAAAGAGGCGGAACUAAAGGACAUCACCCAGAAACACACACAGCUGGUGGAAGAACGUGCCCAGCUGGAGAGCAAACUUCAAGCUGAGACGGAGCUCUACGCCGAGGCCGAGGAGAUGAGGGUUCGGCUGGAGGCCAAGAAGCAGGAACUGGAGGAGGUCCUACACGAGAUGGAGGCCCGGCUGGAGGAGGAGGAAGAGCGCAGCGCCCAAGUACAGCAGGAGAGGAAGGAGAUGGAACAGCAGCUACAGAACAUGGAAGCCCACUUGUUGGAAGAAGAAGACGCUCGUCAAAAGCUCCAACUGGAAAAGGUUGCCGUGGAGGGAAAAGUGAAGAAACUUGAGGAGGAUGUUCUGCUCAUGGAGGACCAGAACAACAAAAUGCAAAAGGAGCGUAAGCUUCUGGAGGAGAGGAUGGCAGAUUUAAACUCCAACCUGGCCGAGGAGGAGGAAAAGUCCAAGAACUUAACCAAGCUGAAGGCGAAGCACGAGUCCAUGAUCUCUGACUUGGAGGUGCGUUACAAGAAAGAGGAGAAGGGUCGCCUGGACAUGGAGAAGGCCAAGAGGAAAUUGGAGGCUGAGCUGGCAGAACUCCACGAGCAGCUGGCUGACCUUCAGGCCCAACUGGCUGAGCUUCGAGCUCAGCUGGCCGCCAAGGAAGAUGAGCUACAGGCCACGCAGGCACGUUUGGACGAGGAGAGCAACCAGCGUGGCCUGGCGGUGAAGAAAGUUCGAGAGCUGGAGACCAUGCUGUCAGAGUUGCGGGAGGACAUGGAGGCUGAGAGGGGUGCCAGGGCCAAAGUGGAGGCGGCGAGCAGGGCCCUUGGGGAAGAACUCAAUGCCCUGCGCUCAGAACUGGAGGACAGUUUGGAUACCACCGCGGCGCAACAGGAGCUACGUGCAAAGCGUGAGCAGGAGGUGGCCAUGCUAAAGAAAGCAAUGGAGGAAGAGGGCCGCAGUCACGAGGCCCAAGUCCAAGACCUGAGGCAAAAGCACAGCCAGGCGGUUGAGGAACUCUCCGAACAGCUGGAGCAGGCCAAGAGAGUCCGGGCAGGUCUGGAGAAAACUAAGCAAGCUCUGGAGAAGGAGUCUUCUGACCUGACUGCCGACUUGCGCUCCAUGGCCGCUGCCAAGCAGGACGUUGAGCACAAGAAGAAGAAAGUUGACGCUCAACUCAACGAUGUCAAUAAUCGCCUCAACGAGAGUGAGAGACAGAGGAACGAACUCGGAGAGAAAGUCUCCAAGAUGACUGUGGAGCUGGACAACUUGGCCAGUCUUCUGAAUGAAGCUGAAGGAAAGAACAUCAAGCUGAGUAAAGAUGUUUCCGGGCUGUCCUCGCAACUCCAAGACACUCAGGAACUUCUUUCUGAAGAGACCCGACAGAAGCUGAACGUGUCCGGGCGUCUGCGGCAGAUGGAGGAAGAUCGGAUUUGUUUGACAGAGCAGCUAGAGGAGGAAAACGAGGCUAAGCGGGUCUUGGAGAGGCAGGUCUCCAGUCUCAACAUGCAGCUGUCCGACUGCAAGAAGAAGCUGGACGAGUCCUUGGGCUCGGUAGAACUGCUGGAGGAAGGCAAGAAGCGUCUCUUGCGGGACCUGGAGGCAGCCAACAAUGACUAUGAGGAGAAGGCGGCAGCCUACGACAAGCUGGAUAAGAGCCGCAGCCGAAUGCAGCAGGAGCUGGAGGACGUCCUCAUGGAUUUGGAUGGCCAGAGGCAGCUUGUUGUCAACCUGGAAAAGAAGCAGAAGAAGUUUGACCAGAUGCUGGCUGAGGAGAGAGCCGUAUCAAGCAAGAUUGCUGAGGAGCGAGAUCGUGCCGAGGCAGAAGCAAGGGAGAAGGAGACCAGAGUCUUGGCUCUGUCCAGAGCUCUGGAAGAGAACCGCGAGGCUCUGGAGGAGGCAGACAAGACCAACAAAAGCCUCCGAAUUGAGAUGGAGGACCUUGUCAGCUCCAAGGACGAUGUGGGACGCAGCGUCCACGACUUGGAGAAGGCCAAGCGUGCUCUGGAGGCCUUGGUGGAGGAGAUGAAGGCCCACACGGAGGAGCUGGAGGAUGAGCUCCAAGUGGCCGAGGACACAAAGUUGCGUAUGGAGGUCAAUGGUCAGGCCCUUAAAUCCCAGCACGAGAGAGAACUGCAGGCCCGCGAAGAAGCCGGCGAGGAGAAGAGGAAGCAGCUUCUCAAGCAGGUUCGUGAGCUGGAGUCCGAAUUGGAUGAGGAGAAGAAGCAGCGUGCUCAAGCAUCAGCCGGCAAGAAGAAGCUGGAAGGUGAACUCAAGGACAUGGAAGAGCAGCUGGAGACCACCAACAGGGCACGCGAUGAGGCGCUCAAGCAGCUGCGCAAGAUCCAGGGCCAGGUGAAGGAUCUCCAACGGGAGGUGGAGGACUCUCGCGCCGCCCAAAAGGAAGUCCUGAGCUCAGCCAGGGAGGCCGAGCGUAAAUCCAAAGUCGCGGAGGCCGAUGUGGUGCAGCUUCAUGAGAUGCUGGCGGCAGCCGAACGAGCUCGAAAGCAGGCGGAAGCUGAGAGAGAUGAGCUGGCCGAGGAGCUUGCCAGUAACUCCUCUGGGAAGACCAUGCUGUCUGAUGAGAAGCGCCGUCUGGAUGCUAAGAUCAGCCAUCUGGAGGAGGAACUGGAGGAGGAACAGACUAACAUUAUGAAUCUCAACGAGCGUCUGAGGAAGAGCCAGCAGCAGGUGGAGCAGCUCAGUGGCGAACUGACAUCGGAGAGAGCGUCAUCGCAGGCCAAGGAGGCGGCCAGGCAGCAGCUGGACAAGCAGAACCGAGAGCUGAAGGCCAAAGUUCAGGAGAUGGAAGGCCAGGGACGCUCCAAGCUGAAAUCCUCCGUCGGUGCUAUGGAGAACAAACUGAGAGAGUUAGAGGAACAGUUGGAGGUGGAGAGCAGGGAGCGUCAGGCCGCCACCAAGAACCUGCGCCAGAAGGAGAAAAAGCUGAAGGACUUAAGUGUGCAGAUGGAGGAUGAGAGGAAGAAGGCGCAGCAGUACAAGGAUCAGGCCGAGAAGAGCAACGUGCGCGUGAAGCAGCUGAAGCAUCAGCUGGAGGAGGCGGAGGAGGAAGCGCAGCGCGUGGCCGCUGCCCGAAGGAAGCUGCAGAGGGAGCUGGAUGAGGCCACUGAGGCCAACGACGGCCUAAGCAGGGAGGUUGCUGCUCUGAAGAGCAAACUCAGGCGUGGCGGCGAGCCAGGUUUCAGUGGCUCCAGCCCUCGUAGCGGCAGCAUCCUCAGCCUUGGCGGAGGUUCGGCGAGGAGCUCGGCUGGUCUGACAGGAGGGAGCACAGCCCGGAGCAGGAGCACCAUCCUGGAGAGCUCAGCUGGAAUUCCUGAGGAAGACGAAGGGGUGGAGGAAAAAGCUCACUCGCCUUCUCCACCUACACGAAGCCCCCUGCCUGAGGAGGAGCUCCAUGAGACCCCGCCGGAUGAAUAA